UGAAACCGACCAAUCGUUUAGGAGCAACAGCUCAGUGAUAUUUGCAUGAAGCGGAUAUUAAAUGGCUGCUCUGCGUGUGUCAGGUUAUUGUUCGGGGAACGUAAACGUUGAAUCAUGCCUGAUCCAGUGAAAGCGCCCAAGAAGGGCUCAAAGAAAGCCGUCUCUAAGAGCGUGUCUAAGACCGGCAAGAAGAAGAGAAAGACCAGGAAGGAGAGCUAUGCCAUCUACGUGUAUAAGGUGUUGAAGCAGGUCCACCCUGACACCGGUAUCUCCUCCAAAGCCAUGGGCAUCAUGAACUCGUUCGUCAGCGACAUCUUUGAGCGGAUCGCCGGUGAGUCCUCUCGUCUUGCUCACUACAACAAGCGCUCCACCAUCACCUCCAGGGAGAUCCAGACCGCCGUCCGCCUCCUGCUGCCCGGUGAGCUGGCCAAGCACGCCGUGUCUGAGGGCACCAAGGCCGUCACCAAGUAUACCAGCUCCAAGUAAACUAGCAGCUGUUUACUGGAAACGCAAAACGGUCCUUUUCAGGACCACGCACACACAACUAAAAGCUCAACUCCUUCAAAGACUUUUGUUUAGGGUGUUUUUACAGUGACUGUGUCCUGGUUUAUUUAAAGGGGGAAAAAGAAAAUGGGGGGGAAAUUGCAAGGAGAAACUUUCUUCUGUAUAAAACGAGUCCUAUACGAGGGGUGUAACGAUUCGUGUUAUCGAUACGAUUUUCGUUAAUUUAGAACGAUACGAUCCGAAACGAUUCAGUGACUUUUUAGCCAAUAAUUAAACUCCGUGUCUGAAAAACCUACUCAGUGUUUCCUCUACAUUCAUUUAGGAGUUGCAGGCGGUUAACAGAUAAU